CUGUCCCUUUCACUUACCAUACUUGUAUUAUUUUUAUUUUAUUGUUAAAUAUUAAGUGUCAUUCUUACAGCUACAUUUUUCUCCUUAAUUGCCACUCAUCAUCAUUCAAUCUCGCUUCCUUUUUUUCGGUUCUUUCUCUUCUCGUUUUCUCUUCCCAGUUUUAGGGUGCAGUCAGAGAUUCUUGCAACCUUUGAAUGAGGGCUUGAAGAGGAUAAAGACAUGAAGAGGCCAGUAAGUAGUUUUUCUUUUGCUCUUGGUACUGAGCAUUAACGCUGAGUAUGAAAGGGUUUGCGAAUCUAACUGGCCGUUGAGCCCGAGGCCUCACAGCGUGUCGGUCACAGAAUUCGGGGCAGUUGGGGACGGGAAAACCUUAAACACGGUAGCUUUCCAAAAUGCGAUUUUUUACCUUAAAUCGUUUGCUGAUAAGGGUGGGGCCCAGCUCUAUGUGCCAGCUGGCAGGUGGCUCACGGGUUGCAUUACUCUCACGAGCCACCUCACGCUUUUCCUGGAGAAAGACGCGACUAUUCUUGGUUCUCAGGAUUAUAGUCACUGGGAUUUAGUUGAUCCAUUACCUUCAUAUGGCCGAGGCCUUGAAGUACCUGGUCGAAGAUAUCGCAGCUUGAUCAGCGGACAAGAAUUAACUGAUGUUGUUAUCACAGGAAAUAAUGGAACUAUCGAUGGACAAGGUUCGAUUUGGUGGGAACAACUAAGUAAUCACACUUUAAAUUACAGCCGACCACAUUUAGUAGAACUCGUCGGGUCGAACAAUAUUGUUGUAUUGAACUUAACCUUCAUAAAUGCACCUGCUUGGAACAUUCAUCCCGUUUAUUGCAGUAAAUUGUUAGUUCAGAAUAUUACGGUUUAUUCUCCGCCAGACUCUCCAUACACUAGUGGCGUAGUUCCAGAUUCGUCCGAGCACGUUUGCAUAGAGAAUAGCAACAUAUCCACGGGCCACGACUCGGUUGCCCUAAAAAGCGGUUGGGACGAAUACGGCAUUUCGUACGGUAAACCGACAUCCAAAGUCCACAUCCGAAAACUCAACCUCCAUUCGUUCUCCGGCUCGGGCGUCGCCUUAGGGAGCGAAAUGUCGGGCGGCGUCUCGGAAAUCCUCGUCGAGAACCUCCGCGUGCUCGACUCCGACUGCGGAGUCGAGCUCAAGACGGUCAAAGGUCGCGGAGGCUACAUUAGGGGCAUUUUCGUCAUUGACGUUUUCUUGGAAAACGUGCGGCAAGGGAUCAAGGCGACCGGGGAAAGCGGGUCCCACCCGGACGACAAGUUCGACCCUAGCGAGCUUCCCGUCGUGAGCGAAAUUACGUUUAAGGACGUGGUCGGAGUGAACGUGUCUUUGGUCGGAGGGGUAUUUUUGGGAUUAGAGGAAAUGCCGUUCACGUCGAUUUGCCUUUCGAACGUCUCGUUUUUCUCGGUUUUGCCGCCCGACCCGUCUAAGUCGUCUUGGGUGUGCUCGAAUGUUGUGGGCUCGUCUCUCGAUGUGUUUCCCGAGCCGUGUCCCGAGUUGGAAGGUUCGUCAAGUGAGUGCUUUGUUUCGUCUCGUGAAAUUAGUCGGGUCGCGAUUUUAUGAUGAUGACGAUAUUCUUCGAGCAGCGAAAAAAUCGGGCGGUACGUACAUUACAUUAUGUGUACAGAAUCAGAUUUGUUCAUUUCGUCAUUCGUGUGUAAGAAAAAGUUUUGGUAGAGCAGAACGGUUUAUAUAAGAUGGUUGUUGCUUUUUCUUUUUCAUUUUUUUAGAUUAUUCAUUUCUUGUUAUUGGUUAUUUUUCAUCCACAUUUUGUACAUUCUUGAACUGGUGAAUUUGCGGGGAUGAUUUGGUUUAUAGGGUGGUGAAGAAGAAGAAGAAGAAAAAGAAAAAAGGAGUUGAAAUUUGAAAUAAAAUUUGAGAUUUUUCUGUUCUUUGAUUUGAUUUUCUGAAUUAUAUUUUAUGUUGCUGGAAUUGACAUUUAUCCUCAAUUGUUUGUGCUGUACUGAUUUUUGCUUAUUAAAAUUAAUAUAUAUACAUAAUUACAAAUACAUAAUGUGGAUGUUAUUCGAAUUGAGUUGAGUUAUUCGCAA